AUGGCCGACGAGACGUGGACCACCUCGGUCUCCAAAAUCUUCGAGGUCAAGGGCAUGCCCGAAGAAGCCAUUGCCAACCCGCACCACGUCACCACCAAGAGCGGCAAGCUGACGGGCUUCAAGAACCCGUACCCGUCCUGGUACAAUCUCAACGAGCCCUCGCGCCUGUUCCACGAGCUCCUCUGGCCCAUGAUCACAGGCAAGCUCUCCACGCCCGACACCACCCCGCCCACCGUCAACGUCGUCAAGCCCCAGUUCCUGGCGCACCGCUGGGCGUCGCCCAAGCUCCGCGCGACCUGGCUCGGGCACGCCUGCUACUACGUCGAGUACCCGUCCGGGCUGCGGGUCCUCUUUGACCCCGUCUUCGAGGACCGCUGCUCGCCGUUUAGCUUCCUGGGGCCGCGCCGGUACACGCCGAAACCGUGCGACCUCGGGGACCUGCCGGCCGUCGACGCCGUCGUCAUCAGCCACAGCCACUACGACCACCUGUCGCACGCGUCCGUGCUCGAGAUCCAAAAGCACCAGCCCGAGGCGCAGUUCUUCGUCGGGCUCGGCCUCGAGUCGUGGUUCCGCAGCAGCGGCCUGCACAAGGUCACCGAGCUCGACUGGUGGCACGACGCCGAGCUCACCGUGAAGCGCGUCCGCGGCGGCACCGGCGCCAGCAGCACCGGCACUGACGCCGCCGCCGCCGCUUCCAGGGACGCGGACAGCAACAGCGGCAAAGACACCAUCACCGCGCGCAUCUCCUGCCUGCCCUGCCAGCACACGUCGGCGCGCACGCUGCUCGACAAGGACACGACGCUGUGGUGCUCCUGGGCCGUCUCCUCGGGCGGCAAGUCGGUCUGGUUCGGCGGGGACACGGGGUACCGGGGCAUCCCGCGGGGCCUGCCGGCGGGCGUCGACGACUACGGCCCCGCGCACGCCGACCUGCCGCGGUGUCCGCAGUUUGCGCAGAUUGGCGCCCUGCGCGGCCCGUUUGACCUCGGCCUCAUCCCCAUCGGCGCCUACUUCCCGCGCGCCGCCUUCUCCGCCAUGCACGCCAACCCGUUCGACUCGGUCGAGAUCUUCAAGGACACCCGCUGCCGCCGCGCCAUGGGCAUCCACUGGGGCACCUGGGCCCUCACCAUGGAGGACGUGCUCGAGCCGCCCCGGCUGCUCAGGAGGGCGCUCGGGCGUAGCGGCAUCGCUGAGGAGGGCGUCUUUGACGUCUGCGAGAUUGGCGAGAGUCGCGAGUUCUGA